AGAGCCUGUCAAAUGCUCCGUCGCCAACCGCGCCUCCCUGCCGCACCCUCGCCGCCGCUGGCUGUGCUCCGGCGAGCCUUCCGCUCGGAAGCUGCCCUCGAGGCCAUCCGAUCGCACUUGCACUCACCCCCAUCAAAGUCCACCUCAACAUCCUCCGAUGCGGACGGGGACGACAAGGCGGCCCCCGCCAGCCUCGCGCUCUACAACUACCCCACCUUCGCUGGCGCUUAUGCCGCGCUCGCCGCCCGCCUCUUCCAUCAACGCGUCCGCCGCCGCCUCCUCGUUCUCCCUUUCUCCUCCGUCGUACCCUUCAGAGCCGAAGACUUUAAGGAUGCGGGGUUCCAGACGUGCUAUCUCUUGGACUUCAUUGGGCCCAAGAAGUUUGCUUUCGAGCUCGCCCGAUUCAUCCCCAGUGUGAAAGCAUUUGAUCACCGGCAAAGUACGCUUGCAAGAAUCCCCAAGUUGGGUCAGUGCCCAAACAAUGUGGAGCUUCAUAUUGACAUCUCAAUAGGCAGUGCCCGGUCUGUAUUUGACUAUUUCUCCAAGGAACUAGCAGGAACAAAGUCUGAUUCUCGAAUGUGGGAAAACUUGUUGGAGCAAGAACAUGUUGAGCGAGUUUCAAAUGUUCUUGAAUGCAUAGAGGAUGCAGACCUGCGACGGUAUCAGCUACCUAACACCAAGGAAUUUCAGACAGCACUUAGGGAUGAACGCGCAAAGUUAAACUGUGUCACAAAUCCUCAUGUUUUUGAACAGCUUCUACAACUUGAUGUUGGCGAUCUGCUUACUAGGGAGAAAUCGCGUGUUCGUGGCCUCCUGCAGUCUGCAGGGGCGUUCAUACAGAAGCCUUUCAGGAUUCAGCUUGGAAGAGGGUCAUAUGGUGAAUGCUUGGCAAUCAGAGCAGAUGGACAGACACAAUUGAGCCAUGAAAUAGCUUUGGAGCUAAGUCAGAGGAGUGCUGCUGCUGGACUAAGGCCGAUUGGAGCAGUGGUCUUCAUGCAACGGGGUGUCCUGAAGGUUUGCUUGAGGACUACUGACAGUACAGUUAAUACAUCAGAGAUUGCAAAGGCAUAUGGCGGAGGUGGAAAACGAAGUUCGAGUUCAUUCACUCUAAGAAUGGAUGAGUUCAACAUCUGGACUUCAGUGAACUCAUGAAUUGAACUGGAGAGGUCACAUAGUGUUCAUACUGUGGGAACUCGCAACCAGCUCAUCUGGGCAUGGAUUCCCUCAGUGGUGAACAUGUGAAGAUGGGGUGGUCUUUUUGUGCUCCGGUAUGAGAGGAAGGAAAACAAAAUCUUAGUCUAACCUACCAUAUUGAUAUGAGCUUACAGGAGAAUAAUCUCUUCGAUAUGAAUGACUGGAGAGCAAUUUGGAGGCAUAAUGCUUAAGCCGUUCGAGAGAAGAUUUGAUGCCUUUAAAUGAAAGGUUUGCUGGUACAUCAAAAGACGUAUUUUAUGCUCUUUCUAAUCUUUCUCCAGUAGACCUAUGCGCUUAAUUUUAGAGAUGAUAAGGGUGGUGCGGGCCGAAGAUCUGUCAUACUCCUAGGGGCCAAUUAUAGCUUACACUUAUGUUGUUAUUAGUUUUAAAUGCUGAAAAUACAUGGAGAUGCUUAGCUCAGCUCAGCUUGGAUAUAACUUGGUUUCUAUCCAAACUAGUACUUUGCUCCGUAGGGAAUGCAUCUGGCAACGGAAAUUGUUAACAAGCUCCAGUAGCAGAAAGGAUCAUCUUCAAUUAUUGUAAUCCUGCUCCUUAAUAAUACAUUCUUGGAUCUUGCUCUGGGCUUAAAAAAUCUGCAUCUCCAAAUUGUUCCUCGUUGCGAACAAUUAUGUAAUACAGAACCUUAGAAACUGGAAAUGUUCAUUCCGUUCCGGUAAUUUGGGAAUGAUCUGUGUUAAAAUCCUUUUUAAGUGCCAUACCGUGCACUAUUUUUCUGUUUCUCAACUCUAUCAAUCCUAGAACUUAUUUCUGUUAACUGGUUAGUAAGGACAUGUACAAUAUCUUAAGAGCU